AUGCCAGCGCGUAAUAGCAGUGCGAGACAUGGCACUCCUAGAUUGCAUGUGAUAGACGGAGAUCCUUUUGCAAUCGAAUCUGAUCACGUCAAGCUUCAUAACAACGACCACAACAACCACAACGACAGCAACAACAACCACAACAACAACAAAUUAAAAUCAACUAUGAAAUCCAAAUCGAAGUCCUCCGUCGUCAGUGACGUCAUCAGCUUGCCCGAUCUCGACCUUGAAGAUGACCUUCAGGACAUUGACCUCUCCGAUAUCACGUGGACCUUAGACGGGGCGGGAAGCAACUUUGCUUUGGAAACUCUCAACAACCAGACGCGAUGUUGCUACCAAGAUAAACAACAACAACUGCAACAACAACAACAACUGCAACAACAACAACUGCAAUUGCAACACGAACAACAACAACACCAACAGUUACUUCAACAUUGGUUAAUGGACACUGGGGUUAACUCAUUCCCGAAACAAAUUCUGACCUUCAAAUCCGACAGUUACAUUAGCGAUUGUUUUGUUAAUGUUAUCAACGAAAGUUUUAAAGUUGUUUCAACAAAUCGUGACAUCAACAUUGAAAAUGAUGAUCAUGGGACUAACAAAACAACUAAAAAUGAAAUUAACACUUUCAGUGAUGUGAACAACAACUUGACCGAUACAAAAUAUUCCGCCGAUGUAAUGAAAAACACUUACAAACAAUCAGAAAGUCAACAAAAUUUAACGACAACGGCCACGCCAGCAAUAUUAGUGUCGAUAGCUGCAACAGCAGCAGCAGCAACGACAAGCACUUCAACAGCACUUUUGAGUUGUUCAACAUCAUCUCAGCUACUAAUCGAAGCAACGCCACCCUCACCUCUCAACACUAAGGAAACAAAAAAGCAUUCGAAACGUAAGAGAAGCUAUCCACAUUCCACGUCCCCAUCCUCAAUAUCAUCUUCAUCUUCUUCGUCAUCAUCUUUUUCAUCAUCCUAUCAUCUGGUACCUAUUAGUUCCACAAACAACAACAACAACAACAACGCUAACAUCAGCAGCGGCAACAAACAAACAAAACAAUCAACAAAAUCUAGAUCUUCUCGAAACAACAGCAACAACAGCCAACGUACUGCAAUAAACUCAUCAUCAUCUUCGUCUUCAUCAUCGUCAUCGUCGUCGUCGUUAUCAUCUCGAGACAAAACUUGGCGUCGUAUUGAGAGCAAUGAACGCGAGCGACAACGAAUGCAUCUACUGAAUGAUGCUUUCCAGAGCCUCAGGGAAGUCAUUCCACAUGUCAGGAAAGUCACAAUAAACUUUUUAAAACUUUGUGACACGUUAAAGAAGGAGUUUGUCGUUGAAAAUGACGUCUCAACUAAAGAAAAUUAUUGA